AAUAAAUAAGGAAUAUAGAUACAUAUACAGCUCCAAGAGGUGUGUCUCUAUAUAUAUAAGUGUUGUUAUAGAGAGAGAGAGAGUAGAGAGAGAGAGAGAAACACCGGUAGUGUGAUGAUGAAAGAGAGAGAAAAAGGGCGAUUGCGGUGAGGUGUGUCGGUGCAGUUUGUAAGUUAGUUUUUUUUUUUUAAAUUAAUUCAUCAGAGAAACAAAAAAAAAAAAAAAGAAAGAGAAAAAGAAAAGAAAAAAACGUGGCUUCUUGGCCGGAUGACAAAGAACCUUAGGUUUGAAGCCGCAGCACCGUACCACCAUCGCAUGCCACUCUCGUUUCUCUUCUUUUGUCAUUUUUCCGAUCCUUCUCUUCUAUUUAUACCCUUUCUACCCUUCAUCUUUUUUUUAUUCUCUUCUAUUCUACUGCGCUGUAAUGGAGGUCGGCGGCGGCGGCGCUUCGUCGGGUGGUUCAGGUAGAGGCCGUCAUCUCGAUGUGAUCCGGUCAGGGAAGCCAUACAAAGGGAUAAGGAUGCGCAAGUGGGGGAAGUGGGUGGCGGAGAUUAGGGAGCCCAACAAGCGGACGAGAAUCUGGCUCGGCUCCUACUCCACCGCCGUCGCCGCCGCCAGGGCCUACGACACCGCCGUCUACUACCUCCGCGGCCCCACCGCCAAGCUCAACUUCCCCGAGGACGUCUCCUCCUCCGUCGUCGGCGAGGUGGAGGAGCUCUCCGCCGCCGCCAUUAGGGAGAAGGCGGUGGAGGUGGGCUCCAGGGUGGACGCCCUCCAGGCCAACACCUCCGCCGCGGCUAACGGCGGCCAUGCAAUGAACCAGCGGUCUUGGUUCCGAGGGUACCAGAUUGACCUCAACAAGAAACCCGAACCCGAAGAUGACCCGGCCGCUGUCGAGUAUUGUCGUCGAUGAAUUAAGUAUUAGAACCAAGAACCCCGCGUACCCGACCCGACCCGCCAAAAGGAUCCGAACCCAUAAAUACUUUUCUUAAUUACAAUCACUCUUUUCUAAUAGAUAGUAUCCAUACUGUACUACUCCUGUAAUUUUAUUUCAUUUUAUUUUCUUCUGUUUGUAGCUCUGUAAUUUUUACUUUGCUUCGCUACUAUGUUAAUCAAUGUGAAUAUUUUUAUUAAUUA